CUUCUGCACCGACUGCACGCGUAAGAUCCAGCCAGAUGACUGAGGUGAUAACAUUAAACAAACAUGUUUACUCUUCUGUUUCUGAUAAACCUCUUUAUUAUGUUUAUAUAAUUAAAAUAUCCCUAUCGCUCUCUUUUUAAAUUUCAUUCAGUCAUGUGUUUGAAUCGCUGUUUUCCAUGCGUAAUAAGGUUAAUUUUCCUGGUUCCCAUCAGUCACAUCCAAUGCUUAUUUUCUCCGCCCAGCCCAAAAAAGUUGAAUGAUCCUCGAGUUUCCCAGUCGACCAACUUUCCGUUUUUCCUUUCGACGCCUUGGGGAGAAAAGGCGCAAUCUUGAUGUGAAAUGAGGUGGGGGUUUGAUGGCGUAGGACUUUGCUUAAGUGACGCCCGCAAUAUCCCCAUUUGCCAAACCCAGCCCGCAGCUUGCCCUCCCCUCCAAAUCUCCUUUCCUCUCCAUAGCUCCCCCCUCUGUGUGAACCCCCCCUCAGUUUCUGCACCAGCGUGCAGAGGCACGGAGCGCGGAGCGACAGCCAAGUGGCGACAGCGCACGAAAGGGACCACUUCACCGCCUCAUCUCACCCGAUCCGCGCUUCCUAUUUGCGGCAUGGAAAGUUGCAGGACCCUGUCUCAGAUAUUGCAGUUUUUAUAGGUGAUGUUUCAACCAAAUUCGACGGAUUUCUAAUUGAUCUGCAAAUAAUAAGAGAAGAAAGAGGAAUAAACAUAUUCGCGGAUGUUAAGAGGAACUCUUAGCAAGGUGCAAAUUGGCUUACCGGGAUUUUUUUUUUUAUUUUACUUUUUUUAUCAUUUUAUUUUGCUGCUGCUGUCUUGCUUGACGAUUUUGCAACCUUUAAUCUGGACUCAAAUGUAAACAUCGGCUGGAGUGUGGACAAGAGGAGAAACGGUUGAGUCACACAGAACACACCGAGUGUUUUUCCUAAAUGGAUAUCUGCUCAGACGGGAUAAAUUGUGUGCAAAGUAGCGCCACUUCCUGCUGAAAAGGAGUUACCCGUUCAGGUCCCCCCCCGCGCCUCCUGAAUAAACCAUGGGGCCACAGCAGUGCGUGGGACUCACCGUGCUCUUCCUGUGUGCAGUGAUGGACAGCAAGGUUAUCCUGGAUGGUCUGCAGAGGUACGGCCCCACGCCAAUGUAUCUGCCGGUCAGCUACCAGAUCCUCAAGGCUGAGUCAGCAUUCUUCUUACUGGAGGCAAACCAGGACAUAAUGAGGAAUUCUAGCCUGCAAGCUCGAACAGAGUCCUUCUUUAUCCAUCAGGCUCGGCAGAUGCCCUUUGUCAAUGCUAGCUACGGGCCGCUCUCUGUCCAGCAGCCCGUUCCUCUAGAGAUGCUGCAAAUACUGCCAGGGCCAUUUAAUACACCGUCCCUCACUUUAUCAACGGCGCCAACGCUGGCAACACCUUCCCCUCUGUUUACAUUCAACUGGAAGGUCCACACAUACAUCAUCAGUGAGCAGAUUCAUCCCAGCUGGCCAAAGGUCCAGGUGUUGUUCUACAUCGCAGGCAGGGACUGGGAUGAUUACAGCACCAUCCCCAAGCUGCCCUGCGUCAGGAUGUUUGCUUUUCAUGAGACCCAAGAGGUGCGCGGCACAUGCAGGCUAAAAGGUGAGCUGGGCAUUUGUGUUGCCGAGCUGGAGCCCCUGGCCAGCUGGUUCAGCCCUCCUACCGUGAGGCCUGGCAGGCAGCGGGUCUCGGAGCAGGCUCAAGGCACUCCCGUGGAGCUCUACUACAUAAUUCAAACUACGGACAGCGGUGACUGCAGCUCAGAGGACUCCAGAAAGGGCAGCCCUCUUCACACAGAACAGCAGAGGCCUUUGGGCUACUUUGCAGGGCAUACGCCUAUGCAGCGUAUUGGGAGCGUCAGACUGUUGCAGCCAUUAUCUGAGCUUAAGCUGGACAAUAACUUUGUGGUGAUGGCCCCUUCUAAACCCAUAAGGCAGAGAGAGACGGUCUCAACUUUUCUGGCCCUGUCCACGCUUUCGUCGCUGCAAAUUUUCACCCUCAGAGUCAGGCUGAAGGAUGGGGUGGUGUUCCUUGGAGCUAGAGCCAGUAACCCCGUUAUGUGGACGGUCAGUCAAGAUGUCAGAAGUGAGGGUCACAGGGUUGUUACGCUACACUGCCAUAGGAAGGAAAACAGUUUCAAUCAAAGGGUUGAAGCAGUGGGCUACCAGCGUGUUCUGCAGGUGGAUCUGGAGGUGAACGGCUUGAUGGUGACUCAGGGGAGCAGGGAGGUGACAUGGCAGGUGGAAUAUCCACUCACCCGCACCCUGACCAGUGAGGUGCAGACUCUCAUCCGUCUAGCACCGCAGGACCUCGGUGGGAUUGUGCCACUGGCCAUGGACACCGAGAUCCUGAACACGGCUGUCCUCACUGGGCGCACAGUUGCUGUUCCUGUUAAGGUGGUCACUGUAGGGACAGAUGGUGCUGUGUCAGAUGUUACAGAAUCAGUGGAGUGCAAGUCAACAGAUGAACAGGUUAUCAAGGUAUCCGAGCGCUGUGAUUAUGUGUACGUGAAUGGAAAAGAGAGCAGAGGAAAGAAAAGGGUGACGCUCAACUUCACCUACAGUUUUUUGAGCGCACAGCUGGAGAUGAGUGUAUGGAUCCCCCGCCUCCCAUUGCUCAUAGAUGUAGCUGACCCUGAACUCAGUCAGAUUAAGGGUUGGAGAGUCCCUGUUAGUCCUGGCAGCAGGAGAUACGAGAGGGUCACCGAUGACAACGAUGGUGCCUAUGGACAAGAAGAGAGGACAGAGAAUGCUUGUGUUGCCCAGUACCAGAGUACCUCUCUGCAUGUCCUUACACAGUUUGUUACAGAUGCAGGAGAAUUUAGAGGAGCCAUGGAGGAGGGCGGACCGGGUCAGCAGAACUUCCUGUUGGGUACAGACUGGCAUGUGGAUGUCACACAGCUUGUCAAGGAAUCUCUAAGAGUGCAGGAUCCGAAGAUUGCUGAGCUACUGGAGGGUCAAGUGCUUAUUGGACUGAGUUCUGGAACCACCAAACUACAGGUCUUGUCCCCUCUGACGUCAUCAGUGCUGGGUGAAAGGAGCAUCAGGGUGCUGGAUGAUAAAGUGAGUGUGACGGAGCUUGGGGUGCAGUUGGUUUCUGGACUCUCUUUGUCCCUGCAACUGAGCCCUGGAAGCAACAGAGCCAUUGUUGCAACUGCAGCAACACAGGAAGUCAUAGAAUCACUGACACAGGAAUCUCUCAUCAGUGCCUGGCUUCAGUUCAGUGAUGGAUCAAUGACUCCUCUGGACAACUACAACCCUGCCCAUUUUACCCUGGCAGCCACGUCCCUGGAUGAAAAGGUGGUCAAUGUGCAGCAGAGUGCAAAAUGGAAGUGGCCCAUCAUUGUCGCAAAGGGUCAAGGCCAGGGUUUGCUUGUGCGUGUUGAGAUGAAUCCAUCGGAGGUAUGCCAGAAGUCCAAACGACGUACUGCAUUAGCCACAGGAAUGGUGAAUGUACAGGUAAGGUUUGGUCAGUCAGAAGACCAGUACAAGCAACCAGGAGACAGAAGGACACGUCCGGAUCCUCCGUAUUAUGGUGGCUCUAUCUCUGACAUGGACACUGGGUUAAUAAACCGUGCGGCCACGACUAUAAGAGGUCAAAUUCCAGUGCGGCCUAAUGGGGGUCGCUUAUCAUCCGACAGCGGGAACAGGAACUUAAAUGACUUCUCUGAAUACCCAGAGCUGCCUCGGAGUCGCAGUACUGAUGACGACUUGUUGCCAUCGCGGCGUGGCUUGACGGACCUGGAGAUCGGUAUGUAUGCACUGCUGGGAGUCUUCUGCCUAGCCAUCCUGGUUUUUCUCAUCAACUGCAUCUCUUACACAUACAAGUACCGAAGUAAACAUCUUUCUCUGGAGGCCCCAGAGACUAUGCCCCAUGCCCAUGACUGGGUUUGGCUUGGCCAAGAGGAGGGGCUGUGUCUGCAGCAGCAGCAGCAUGAAGAACUGACCGGCACCUUGGAGGAAGGUAGUCAGCUUUUAAACGGAGGUAUCCUGCAUAGUGGUACGGACAGCGGCGGAUGUAGCUCAAGUGGAAGAGAUCUGAGGAUUGAGUCCCUUAACUCACCGACCACCAAGAGAAAGAGAGUAAAGUUCUCCACUUUCUCCAAUAUUAAGUCCAGUAAUGGAUGCCCAGUGCUUAGCCCAUUGCCGCUGGUGCAGACCAGUGAUAUAAAAUGGGUUUGUCCAGACAUUGAGCUUGGGGACUCUAAGGAUCUUAGGAACUACAUGGAAAAGCUUAAUGAGAAGGGAAUUAAGAACACAGCAUAAGAGGUUCUGGGUGUUUUCAUUGGACUAAAGAGAAACUCACCUGAAUGCCUUCAUAAUAAGGAGGGAGAGGAUGGAAAGAUAUGAAUGAAAGGGUGAGGAAACAAUCUGACUGCUGUAGUUUAACGGAAGACCUCACCUUGAAAACUGAAUAGAUGACUCUGUCGCUUUUGAUUCUAUGACAAUUCUCAGACACGGUCUGGGUGACACGUUACAAGACUUGAAUUUCCACACAACAGCAUAGUUAAAAAGGUUUAAAAGUGAAAAUUGUAUUGUUGCUUAAAUGUAUGUUCUUUGUCUUCUACUAAGCUCGAUAUUUCUGUUUGAUUUUAGUUUUAGUUUUUCUUAAAUCAUAUUUUACUGUUCUAUAUGUUGUACAUUUAUUUCAGAUUUUUUUUUUUCAUUUUUCUAAAUUGAUUGUAGGUCUUUUGCCACAAGCUGGCAAUUAUAGAGCAUAUGAGACAAAAUUCUGAAGCAGUUUUGUACUGUAUAUACAAAACAGAGUUUUAUUUAGAGUUACUAUAUGUAUGGUAACAUUUUGUAAGGUGCUGUUUGGUUUGGUUUUAGUUCUGUUUAGUCUCCAAAACUCAGAUCCAUGCAUGAUGUUAUUUAUGAGGAGCCAUGUGUGUUUGAUCUCAAAAUAUGUAGAUAACUAAUACCGGUACUCUUGGAGACAAUUUAGAACUGUAUUAUUAAAUUCCCUUAUCAUGGUUAAGUUCUGGGUUUCUAUGUCUAUAUUUAUUUAAAUAUUUUUCCUGCUCCCCUCAUUUUCUAUUUUUUUUUUUGUAUUUUUAUUGGUGAUCAUCCCUCUCUACAUAUACAAUAGCAGCUUUAUUGCUAAAUUUAAGUGUCAUAAUCUUACAAUUCUUUUAGAAUUUCAGCAGCAGAAAAAUGUGUUUCUUACCAAAAGCAUAAAAAGACAAUCACAUACAGUGCACCCCGCAUUUACGGACACCCCUGGUAAAGAUAUGUAAAAAGCUUUAGGCCUAAGAUCUGGGGGCUUCUUUUUUACCUCCUGUUCCCAAUCUUCCCUUUGAGUCGGGUGGCAAAAUAAUCUUGGGUCCUUGUCAAACCUCUUUUGUCUCAAUUCCACUUGUUUUGAGGGAAAAAAUGCUUUAAAUGUGGAUAUGGUGCAAGUUUAAAGCGGCAAUCUUGAACCCAUUAACUCACAUCUCACUAAAGCCGGGGACCGACUACACCAUUUUUUCCCCCACAAUUUUAUUUUACCUCCGUUUUCACGCAGGCGAAAGCCGGGGUCAUUCUGCACUAGUGGUGCUCAGUCAACAGGGCGAGUUGCCACAAAAAUCUUUUUGUUUCAGAUGGGAUGAUGACAGGAGUCUGCAAGUCUGAGAGCGGAGCCGACCCCACCUCAAAAACAGCAUGUUUAAAUAUUUGUUAGAUGGAAUUGAAUUUGAACUGAAUUAUAAGAAGCGAAUCAAAAUAGAGGCUGGGACACUCCAACCAAUGUAAGGACCUUUUUUUUUCUUUUUACUUUCAUUUGUAACUAAACAAAAUUAUGAACAUAAAGGCUGUGGGAAUAAUAAAAAUAGUCAACUAAUUACAAUUACUUGGUGAUAAAAACAAGAAUGGCCUGUUGAAAUAACCAAACAAUUCACAUGUUGCAAAUAAUUCUAAUCAGACUUAAUUUAACAAUUAAGUUAAUUUAAUAAAAAAAAAUUCUGAUUUAAAUAUUUUGGAAUUAGAAUAAACAAGUUUAUCCUACAUUUUUAAUGUUUAAUUGUGUGAGCCUGUCCACAUAUUAUAUUAUCUGUUGAGAACCAAAUCAUAAUACAUUUGGAUCAAAGUCAACAUUAGCUGUCAAAUCACAGACCAACUUCUAACCUCAAAUACCAGAACCAAACAUCCAACAUGAGUAUAACAAAAUAGCUGUCAAUGCUAUCUAAAUCAUCUUCACUUUAAUUGCAUUUUAUUACUUUUAUGUGGCUUGAAACGGAAAUAUAACCCGUUCCAAUUCUGAGAUUAUCUUCUAUUACCGCCAACAAAAUGUAUGUUUGUUCCUUCAAACUGUUGCACUUUUGAGAAUUACCAUGAGAGUUUCAUACAUUCAGUGGGCUUUGGUUGGUUUAAAAUUUUUGUAGUCUGUGAUUGUUCACCACCAGGUGCAUUUGUUAAGCGUGUUAUCCCCACUCUUUCAACUAAAACAAAAACUAGUCAUUUAAUGUAAACAUCUAGUCUUUUCAAAAUCUGAAAAUGAGGAAAGUCUUGCAUCGUGUCCACACCUAUUUUAGAAUAACAUGGUCUCCCGUUUUUCCUAUUUUGAAAAGCUGCUCUGUGUUACAUCAUAUUUAUUCCCCAGGGGGGAAAAAAGAUGUCCUGGAUUACUUAUAAAAAGUUUCUAUGUACCUGGAUUUUAAUUGUGUUUAUAAAUAUUUUGAUCACUCGUAUUUUUUUUUGAUAUAUCUUUUAGUUUU